AUGCAGAUCUCCGCCUUCGUCGCCUUCUUCCUCGGCAGCACCGCUGUGCUGGCCGCUCCUGCUCGUGUCAUCGCGAACGCCGACGGCGAUGCGGCCGCGCCUACCACCACCGCUCUUCAGGAUAUGCUCGCUCGCGCCUUCGGCCUCGACCCCGCCAUCAUCGCCGAGCUGACUAGGAGGUUCCCUAACGACCCGACUGCGGAAGACUGCGCCGGCGAGAGGCUGUCGUUCGGAGAGCGGCGGCAGUGCAUCGAUGCCGGCUUCCUCGACGACCCGAGCUUCUAG